UCGAGGGUAAACGUCAUGGCGAAUCAAACAACUGAUUACCAUGAAGACAUUUACCAAUGGAACCGUACAGUAUCGACGGACGAAGGAGAUACGGAGACUGAACAUUACCUGCCCAAUUGGACAGAUCUUAUUCUAGCAGGAUUGUUCACGAUGUUAAUUAUUGUUACAAUAUUUGUGUCUAGCUUGGCUGCUGCGGAUUUGCUAGUCGGUCUAGCGGUUAUGCCACCGGCUGUCCUGUUACAGCUUACAGGAGGGACUUGGGAAUUAGGCGAAAUACUGUGCGAUUUCUGGGUAUCCCUUGAUAUUCUACUCUGCACAGCCAGCAUUCUCUCGUUAUGCGCCAUUUCUAUAGACAGAUAUCUAGCCGUAACUCAGCCGCUGAUAUACAGCCGUCGACGUAGAAGCAAACGUCUGGCUGGGUUGAUGAUCGUCGCGGUAUGGAUUAUGGCCGGUGCAAUAACGAGCCCGCCUUUAUUAGGUUGUUUUCCACGUGCGACGAACCGGGACAUCAAAAAGUGCUCCUACAAUAUGGAUUCCUCCUAUGUAAUAUUCUCGGCGAUGGGCAGCUUCUUCCUACCUAUGUUAGUAAUGCUGUACGUAUACGGCAGAAUUUCAUGCGUAAUAGCAAGCAGACAUAGAAAUCUGGAAAAAACCAAUGAGGGAGAGAAUAUCCGAUCACGUAGUAAAAUCACGAUUGAUCGUGGCAGAAGCAUCAAGACACAACGUACGAAUUAUAUCGAGAGCGAUAUGACAUGCGACAGGCCAUCCGAGGAUACCGAACUAACAAAUAUGUGCAAAAAGUUGAGUACAAUUCGAGGUAAUCAGCAAAGCUGCAUUAACAGGGUCGCUAGGGAGACGAAAACUGCGGGCACUCUGGCGGUGGUUGUAGGUGGUUUCAUCGCAUGCUGGUUGCCGUUUUUCAUUCUGUAUCUGGUAACACCCUUCGUGCCCGUACAACCGCCGGAUGUUCUCAUGCCAGCCUUGACAUGGCUAGGAUGGAUUAAUUCAGCCAUCAAUCCGUUUAUUUACGCUUUCUAUUCGGCAGACUUCAGACUUGCCUUCUGGCGACUAACAUGUAGGAAAUGUUCGAAGAGUAGACUAAACUUGGAUGGCACAAAUCGGAAAUUACCCGCUUCGGUUAACUGGAAGAAAGAUACGUCGAGGACGUGAAGUUCCUCACAAAGUUUCGAACUUGUUCAAUUAUGUGGUGUCCGGUAUUAGAAUGACUGUGAUUGAGUCAAAUUUAUUCGUAAUUGCGGUCUAUUAAUAAUGAAUGACAGGAGAACUAUGUAUGUAUGUUCUUAGUAUGAACUUAUAACCAAUCAAUCAGUUCU